ACAAAUUUUCCUAUCUGAGGCUCUGAUUUGCCAAAGGUAACAUGGCCCCAGCACAACUUUCCAGGACGAAAGCACCAUGAAGAAAAAGCUUGAGCUUGAAGAAGAUAAAAAUGAGCUUGAAAUCCUCAAGGCUGUGGCACAAGCCUGGCAUGCCCAUUCUGGUGGCUCUAGACCCACCAGUGAGUUUGAUGCUUAUCGACGAAAUUUCAGAACUCAGCCCUCAAGAUUCAAGCUAGAAGCAAUGAACAAGUCAUCACUGCCGCCUAAGGACAGCACAAAUUGGGAUUUCAGGCAAUCACUGUGGGAUGCAUACGAGCUUGUGACUGUGUCCAAGAAGUUAGAAGCGGGGCUGGUUUUAGAUCAUCCGGUUUCUGGGUUAAAUGAUUCUGUUCAGGUCCCUAAGAAACGCAGAGACAGUAAGAAUAGCCUUAGAAAUUUAUUCAAUCGAUUUUCUUCCAGGAGAUUCAAUGAUGUUCAAGUUUCUGUUCCCGAAGAGGAUGACAGUCAAUUUUGACCUGUGCAACACUGUAAAUGUAACCGUUAUGAAGGAUGGAACCUGAUCAUGCUACCAUCAAAAUAUUCUUUUCUUCAGCAAAUUUACUUUCAAGAAGAAACCUUUCAAGCUGUCAGCAUUUGAUAAAGUGGAAAUUUGUUGUAGUUGUCUGAGAUAAUCAAAGAGUGUCAUUAAAUUAGAUAUGCUAAGGAUAGAACCUCUGUUUUUUCUUCCA